AUGGCCAGCUCCACACCUGGCACAAAAUUAUUCUGGCUGUGUGAAGAUGUGGAUGUUUGUGAAAUAAAUGACUGUUUUGACAAAGCACUGGCCUCUCAAGAAUUUACUGUAUUAUACACUCACCAAAAGACAAAAAAAGCGAAAACGUGGCAAGAUGGAGUUCUGAGGAUUAGAACUGGCAGAAAUCAGGCCACCUUGUUUGAUGACAAAGGACAAUGCCUGGAGAGUAUUUUUAUAAAAUCUCAGGUGGCUGCUGGAGAGAAUUUAGAAAGCGAACGAUAUUUGAUCACGGUCGAAGCAGCAAAAGCGAGUGAAAAACCUCUGGAAGAUCAGCCAAGGAGAGCAGCAGAAACUCCAGCAGUGGAUAGAAAUGGUGUCAAACCCAGUCUUCUGCCUCCAAGACACCUCCCUGUUGGCCUGAAAAGGAAGUUUACGGGGUUCCAAGGGCCACGCCAAGUUGCAAAGAAAAUACCAGAUGUGGAAGAGGAAGAAAAACCAACACUGUUGCCCUCAUCUAAGCAGUGCCAGGGGACUUUUCCAUCCCAGUUUUAUGUCACCUCUCCGUUAUUUUCCACGGUUCACAAGGAGGAUGCGGACACGAAUCUCCCUGCAGGCUUCCAGGAAGAUGGAUGUAGGGAUAAUGACAGACAACACUUGUCUGUCUCCUCGCUGCUUUCAGCUCCAUUUCUUGACAGAUGUGAGGGGACAGAGAAACAAAGCUCUGCUCAGUUCCUGCUGAAGCCAGAAUCUCCUCUCCUUCCUGGGCAAACUGGUCCCGGGGCAGUGUCCCACAACAUCAGGAGCACGGCACAGAUCAUUGCUCUUCUGAAGUCCAAACCUGCACAAGGACACGGAGAACAAACAGCUGCACUUACAGAAAGUCUCUCCAGGUUUCAGGCAUCAAAAAUGCAGAUUACACGACCGAAAAGCACGGCCCUACCUGCAUUUCCGGGUGAUCCUGCCAAAGGAAUCGUUCCAAACACUCAGCACCUGCCUUUCAGGAAGGGAACUGGAAAUGAUAAGAAGGACUGGAAUGCUGAAUCUCUGAAUUCACCUGAGCAGCCUUAUGGUGAAGAAGCCCCAGGACAGAGACACGACAAAAUAAAUAAUUUAUGUCAAGAUUUGCAGGAUCCCUGCAACGCAAAUAGUUGCUUCCCACCUGAGUCCACCAUAAGUGGAAUGAGUGGCAGCCAGUUUGUCCCGUCCUCAGGUGACAUUUCACCUUCAGCAAGUCCAGUCACCUUUGAAAACAAUUCUUUUGGAUACAGGGAGCAGUCAGGGACUAAGGAGCUUAGGGAGAAUUCGUCUGUGAAGAUGCAGAGCGAGCUUCAGCCAAGACAAAAUUCAGAGGGAGUGCCCAGUGACCUGGAGCUCUCUGGGGAUCUAACAUUGACUGAAGCUGGAAGUGUUAAGGAGGAGUUAAGUUGGCAUGGCAAAGGGUGUAGUCCAGAUGAAGAACUGAUGGAGGUUAACUUUAAUCUAAUGGAGUCUUUUGAUUUUAAUGACACAGACAGUGAAGAAGUGUGUGAAAGAGAUGUGAAGAAGCCCACUGAGGGAGGCACACUUUCAGAGAGCCCAGAUUGCUCUGAGGGAGGGGAUGCAGCUCCAAAUGCUGUGCCGAGACCUCACUCCCUCUGUGAAGGGGUGACACACAGCAAAAAUGAAGCCAAAUGUUCAACAUUUGAGAGAAAUGAUGGAAGUGACUGCACUGGGGGUGUUUUGUCUGCUUGUGAAACCAGUGUCAGAGAUACCAGGAGGGUGGCAGAAGACCCUGCAAGCCAGAGCAGAACUGAAGUGGAACUUUUGGGUGGUGGACACAACGUAAAAGAGAUGAAUGAAAGUCAAUUAAGUCUUGAAGCCACAAGCAAUAAAGAGGAUCAUGCUGGCUGUGCAGCACUCACCAUUGAUGGCACGCCACAGAUAAGAAACCAGCACUCUGAUCCUAUGCCUGGGGACACAAAUGUUAAGGAAUGCCACCCUGAAACCAGUCUGUUUGAGUCAACUGGAAGUAUUUCAGGUAUUUCUCCCAGCAGAAUCACUUCUGCCACAGAUGAAGAAGGUGUCACACAGCUUGGAUGCAGGGAAUCCCCAGAGGUUGGCUCAGAACACUUCUGGGGGAGUAGGAGUGAUGGCAUUAAACCAGGCAGCCCUUUGCUGGCUUUGUCACCAAAUUCAGCUCUUGGCAGUGGCUCAUUCCAACAUAUUGCAGAAGACCAUCAACAGGUAUUUGGCACGUCACAUAAGGAAGAUGCUCUCCUUUCCACAAGUUCUGUGCAUCCUUUAGGAACAGGCCAUUCAUCUCCAGAGGAAACAGGAAUUGAAACAGAGUUUGAAAACUCAGAGAGCAUAAACACCCCUCCUGCAGCCUGCAGAGGUGAAAGAGGAGGGGCUGAAAACUCCUCAGGUCUCCCUGCUCUGGUGAAUGAUAUUGCUCUUCUGAGGGCUUUGACUCAACACAGCACAGCUUUAGAAAGCUUGCAAAAGAUGGAGGAAAAUAACAGCGUGUUCUGUGAGACAGAGACUUCAGAGAGAUUUGAACCCCUUGGGAAAGAUGAAGCUAUAAAAGAGUUUACAGAAAUGCCUUACUCAGAAAGUUUACAGGCACCUUCCUGUUCAUACUUUGAUUCUUCUGGCCUUAUGCCCAGCCCUGUGGACAGUUUAUUACAGAAGACAGAGCCAUGUAUUCUACCAGUAGCAGCAGCCCAAAGAGCCCCUGGGACAUGUGACUGGCAACCAAAGCCUGUUGCAUUCCAAGGGCACCAAGUAAAGGGAUCAGCAGCUAGUGAGAUCAUGGUGAGAGUUCCCUGCUCCCAGCUGGGAUGGCAGCAGUACCCCCAUAACACGGACUUUGCAGCUGAGACAUUUUUGUCACCCCUGUUUUCAAGCAAUUAUGGCCUUUCUGACUUCAGACAGUCUCCAGGUUCCAGAAGUCUUCAUGGGGAUGAUAUGGAUGUUAUCAGAGAAGGGAAUUUUCAAACGGAGUCUGAUGUGACUGAAGAGUCAAGAAGAAAUCAGUCUCCACUGGCAUUCCAUGUGUAUCCUGAAGUGCCAGCAUGGACAGUGUCAGGCUCACCUUCACAUUCUGCCCUGAGACAAGCACAGUGGACUUCCUGGGAACCUGGCGAGAUUUCAUCAGAAGUGACUUCCUCAUUUGAUCCGGAUUCUACAACUUCUCCACCUUCAGGAAAUGAGGAAACUAUUGGAGACAUCCAGGAGCCCCUGAUACAAGGGAUCUUACCAAGUGAACCAGAACUCCCAGAUUUUUUUUUUCAAUGUCUUUGCCCUACAGCAGGGGAGAAAUCCAGCUAUCCAGAGGAGUGCAGCCUCCCGAGAUCCAAACCCACCGUUAAAACCCGGACUCCGUUUGUCACCCUUCCUGCCACCGAGGGGAUUCCUGCCGUGUUUUAUCCCUCUGACAGCGAGGAGCUCCAGCAAUCCUCGGGCUCUCCAGGAGGCAAUUUAUGCAUCGAGCCAAUGGAAUUUCCUAGGAGUGCUCCCGGCCCCCAGGACAGGAAUUAUGAGACCUCUGUGUUUGGGGAGUACGCGGAAGAGGGACAAAGGGAAUCUGUCCAACCCCUGCUCCCUGACGGGACUUCCCAACACAGACAAAGCAAGUGGCUGAAGUAUCAAAACAGUGCUCAGAGUGACUCGAUCCCUGACAGGGAAGAGACUGAUGACAUCUGUGCCCAGAGCAUCCUUGGAAUGCUGCGGGGUGACACGGGAGAGAGCGGAGCCGGGAAUCAAAGAGCUGGGAAUCAAAGCGCUCCCGGUGCUGCCCCUCUGCUGACAUCCAAGAGCUCCCCUGGGGAAUGUCCUGCAAGCAGCAACCCCCCAGAUUGGAUUUCUGAAGGGAAGUUACUUUCCCUGCACUUAAGUCAGACACCUCUGGCUGCGGCAACACAAAAGGUGUUGAGUCACCUGAGCUGCCACGCCGGGACAGGAGAGGGCCAGGACGUAACAAUUUCUGAGUUGUCUUUUCCUAACGUGGACAAAGUGAAACAUGCUAAUCUCCCUAAAAGAAAGAUCUCCAUCCCAGCUGUGUUUCGGUCUCAUCUUCACUACAAACAGAUUUUUAAAGCUGCUCUGACAGAGCAACUGAACAUAAUGCUGUUUGAGCUGUCCCAAAGAUUGCACAAUGCUCUCUCCAAAGUGGACAUAUCAUUUUACACUUCAGUGAAAGAUGGGCAAAGCCAGGGAAGCUGUGCUCCACUCUGCAACCACAUGCACCCUGCUAAGCUGGUUAUGGUUAAAAAAGAAGGUCAUAACAAGGGUCGUUUGUUCUACGCCUGUGACGCCCCGAAAGCUGAGCAGUGCUCGUUUUUCAAGUGGAUAGAAGAUGUGAACCCCACACAGGCAAAAUCCAGACCCAGUGCAGUGCUCCAGGACAUCAAAAGCAUUGGGACAUACCUCAGAAGCCAAAAGAUUGCUCUCUAUGAGGAAUGCCAGCUUUUGGUGAGGAGAGCCUUUGAAAUUCAAACCCAGAGGUACAGUAAGUUCAAGAAACUUAUGAAUACACCUGCCAGCUUAGAUGGUGAUUCCAAACCCAAAUUAUACCUCAAAUUAAGCAAAAAGGAGCAUUCUUCUCUCUACAGCAAAGAUGAUAUUUGGGUGGUUUCAAAGACUCUGAACUUUGAUCCCAUUGAUACUUUCAUUGCAAGCAGUGCUUUCUUUGGACCAUCCUCCAACAAUGAAAUAGAAUUGCUCCCACUGAAAGGCUACAGUCCCUCAAACUGGAGAUCAAACAUGUGUGUUCACGCCCUGCUGGUUUGUAAUGCCAGUGGGGAGCUGGCAUCCCUAAGGAAUAUGGAGGAGCACUUCAAUCCCUCCACAUUACCACUAAUCCCAUACCUACUAAACAUGAAUCGUCAUUCUGAAAAUGCUCCUAAAAGAGUCGACAAAAGAAAAUUCAUUCCUCCUGCCAUGAGCCUGAAAAGCUCAAUGAGGGCUGGCCCUGUCAGCUCUGAGGUGGCCAUGGGACUGGCUAAGGAGAUGAUCCAAAGGUUCUCCCUGAACCCGGACCAGGCGACGUCGCUGAUCCACAUCGCUCGGAUGAUGACCUCGUGUGGGAAUAUCACCCCAGAGGAGGAACAUCAGAGCUUCCCCAUCACAGUCAUACGUGGUGUUUUUGGAGCUGGCAAGAGCUACCUGCUGUCUGUGGUGAUCUUGUUCCUCGUACAGCUCUUCGAAAGCAGCGAAGCCACGGAGGGUCCAAGGCCAACUCCAUGGAAACUUCUCAUUGCUUCUUCCACCAACGUUGCCGUGGACAGGAUACUGCUGGGCCUGCUCGAUCUUGGAUUUGAGGAUUUUAUCAGAGUGGGAAGUAUUAGGAAGAUCACCAAAGCAAUUCUUCCCCACAGUUUACAUGCAGGCUCAGGAAAUGAAAACGAGCAGCUGAAGGAGCUGCUUGCUCUCAUGAAAGAAGAUUUGACUCCAGCUGAAAAAAUGUAUGUCAGGAAGAGCAUUGAGCAGCACAAACUGGGGACCAAUAAAACCAUCCUGCAACAGGUAAAAGUGGUUGGAGUGACCUGUGCUGCCUGCCCCUUCCCCUGCCUGAACGCUCUCAGGUUCCCCGUGGUGAUGCUGGAUGAGUGCAGUCAGAUGACUGAACCUGCUUCUCUCCUUCCCAUCGCCAGGUUUCAGUGUGAAAAGCUUGUCCUUGUUGGAGACCCCAAGCAAUUACCACCAACUAUUCAAGGGUCUGAGAGUGUCCAUGAGCAGGGAUUGGAGCAGACUCUCUUUGACCGGCUCUGCUUAAUGGGGCAUAAAGCAAUACUCCUCCGGACCCAGUACCGCUGUCACCCUGCCCUCAGUGCCAUCGCCAACGAGCUCUUCUACGCAGGGAACCUCAGGGAUGGCAUUUCCGAGGAGGACAGAACUCCUUUACUGGACUGGCUUCCAACACUGUGCUUUUACAGUGUGAAUGGCAUGGAGCAGAUCGAAAGAGACAACAGCUUUUCCAACAUGGCAGAGGCUCACUUUGCAGUCAAGCUCAUCCAGUCUCUGAUUGCCAGUGGAAUAGAAGGAGCUGCUAUUGGUGUGAUUACUCUUUAUAAAUCACAGAUGUAUAAGAUUCAGAGUUUGCUCAGUGGGGUGCACUCCGAAGCUUUUGAAGUGAAACCUGUCCAGGUGUCCACUGUAGAUGCUUUCCAAGGUGCUGAGAAGGAAAUCAUUGUCUUGUCCUGCGUCAGGACCAGACAGUUUGGGUUCAUAGACUCGGAGAAGAGGAUGAACGUCGCACUAACGAGGGCAAAGAGGCACUUGCUGAUUGUGGGAAACCUGGCCUGUUUAAGCAGGAACAAGCUGUGGGGAAGAGUAAUUCACCACUGCAAAGGACGGGAAAAGGGAUUACAAAAUGCAAGCCAGUGCGAGCAGCAGCUAAACGACAUCCUGAAGUGCUACCUGGAGGAACGGAAGGAAGAGGAGCAGAGUAAGAAGAAGGAAAAAUAAAAUGUGUGCCUAUUUUAUUAAUAUGGUCUAUAAAAUUGCUAAUUUAAUAUUUAUUUAAUGUGGUGCAUGUUUGUUUGUAUCUCGUCUACUGAUGCUUCUGUUUGACCCUGUGUUUACAUGACUAAAACUGAAUAAAGUGACUUUAUUUGCUUGAUAACC